UAUGUCAUGGUAUGCAACUAUUAGAGGAUGAGGUGAAGGUCUCAGUGGAUGAAAUGAUCAUGCCAGAUGCCUCGGUUCCACUGUCCACGGAAGAGAUUUUCACUGUGGAACAAGCAUAUAAGUCGUUUAUCACUUGGCCUAAAUUUUUGGUUAAACCAGUUUCUGACCCCUCGACGCAGGAACAACAGAAGAUUCCUCUAUCUGAGGAUGACCCUCUUUCUUCAUUGCAUCUACUUGCUGACAUCCUUGAUGAUAAGCCUUUGGAGGUUCAGUAUGAUGCUAAUGUAUUUGGGCAUGGCUCUGAGGUCCCAAUAUACCUUAAUAGCAAAGAUGUCCGUGAGCUUGCGUCGGGAACACAAGAGUUGAAUAUUUCAAUUAUUCAACUAUGGACGAUGUAUAUGUCUGGGGUCACUAAUAAGUUGGGGCGUUCUGAUGAUUAUGGAUUCAUUGAUCCCCAAGACAUUCAUGAAUCAAAUGAUUUUGAUCAUAUCAACAUGAGAAUGAUAAGCAGUUUUCGAAGGGGCAAGAAAAUAUACUUUUUGCCUUAUAUAUCCGGGCGCCAUUGGCAACUUCUUGUUAUGUCUGUGCAAGACAACUAUGCUUUGUGGUUCUGCUCAUUGCACAGGCCUCCUCCCACACAACUCAGACAAGCAAUUGAUUGGUAA